CGGAGUUACUUCAUUAUUUCCUGGACAACAAGAAGCCACUCUUGAAGGCAAUAGUCCAAGAAGGGUACGCAUCAUGUAGUACAGCACUGCAGAUAGCCAUGGACGUGGCUGACACAGCGGCUAGAGCUACUGCCACAGUUUUGGAGUGUAUUGUGACAUAUUUUGUGAAAAUUAGUUCUGUUCUAGCAGAACUUAAUGUAAUCCUUUCUCUUUUACAGUUUGACUACAACCCUCAAUUUGCAGACUGGUCAAAAGAAACUAGGGGAACCCCCUUAAUUAGUGUAAAGCCAUUGGAUAACUGGUUAUUACUAUAUACACGGCGCACUUACGAUGCUGCCAGUACAUUAGUUCAAAAUUUAUUUAAAGUUACUCCAGCUGUGGGUAUCCUGAUGAACAAGGCAAUCAUGAUUGAAGUAGAUGAAAGAACAGAAUCUUAUUUAAGAGCCUUGCAACAAAAGGUUACCUCUGACACACAGCUAGUAGUUUGUGUUCUGUCUAAUAAUCGUAAGGAUAAAUAUGAUGCUAUCAAGAAAUACUUAUGUACUGAUUGCCCAACUCCAAGUCAGUGUGUUGUAGCUCGCACUCUAAGUAAACCACAAACUGUAAUGGCUGUAGCAACAAACAUUGCUUUACAAAUGAAUUGCAAGAUGGGUGGAGAGCUCUGGAGUGUUCAAAUCCCAUUGAAACAAGUUAUGAUUGUGGGAAUUGACUGUUAUCAUGACACUGCAGCUGGACGGCGAUCAAUUGCAGGAUUUGUUGCGAGCCUGAAUCAAGGAAUGACGCGUUGGUUCUCUCGCUGUGUCUUCCAAGAUCGUGGACAGGAACUUGUGGAUGGGCUGAAGGUCUGCUUGCAAGCUGCUUUAAGAGCCUGGUUCAGCUUCAAUAACCAUAUGCCUUCUCGCAUUAUCGUGUAUCGUGAUGGUGUAGGAGAUGGUCAGCUAAAAACUUUGGUUAACUAUGAAGUACCUCAGUUUUUGGAAUGCUUGAAAUCUGUUGGUAAAGAUUACAACCCAAGACUUUCAGUAAUAGUGGUGAAGAAACGAUUGAAUACGAGGUUCUUUGCACAUAUGGGUGGAAGACUUCAGAAUCCACCUCCUGGUACAGUUAUUGAUGUAGAGGUUACCCGACCAGAAUGGUAUGAUUUUUUUAUUGUGAGUCAGUCUGUGAGAAAUGGCAGUGUUUCACCAACCCACUACAAUGUAAUCUAUGACAACAGUGCAUUGAAACCUGAUCAUAUGCAACGUUUAACUUACAAGCUAUGCCACAUGUAUUAUAACUGGCCAGGUAUUAUCAGAGUGCCUGCUCCUUGCCAGUAUGCCCAUAAAUUGGCUUUUCUUGUGGGUCAGAGCAUACACAGAGAACCGAAUCUGUCACUCUCAGACCGUUUGUUCUACCUUUGAGCUACAGAAGAGGAUACAAUGAAGUUUGUGGAACUUUCUUUGGUACCAGUUUUUCAUUUUUUUUUCUCACCAAUGUUGUAGUUUUCUAUAAAACAUUUUUGCUGCAAAAAUGGUAAAUGUGCAUAUGGGGUAAAUGCAUAAUUUUGCACAUUUUUUUUUUUACAAGGAAAAUACAAUUAUAGCAUCAAAAAUAAUUUUGAGAAAGUUCAUUACUAGGAAAAAUGACAAACUAUAGUUAAUACCUUUAUAGCCUACUUGCUUAUUCAGAAACA